AGACGCGUGAAUCCCCGCCAAGGUGUGAUGUGGCUCAUGCUGUGGCGCUAUGAAUGAACACGGUGGUCGCAACCCUACGUCUAUUGUCCAGCGCCUUUGAGACAGCACACCUUCCUUACCUGCCAUGCUCCGAUUUUGAGACAGCCUCUCUCUCCACGACACAUGCGCCUGGCUUGCGACUAAACACCUUUCCUUUGCUGUCGCUCUCUUUGCACCAUUCAUUCGUGAGACGCAUUCAAAAUGUCUGGGACAGACUACAACUACGAUGAGCAGGGCCAAUUCUUCCCCUACUUCAUCCUUACAGUCACGACUCUAGUCACCGUCCCUGCUACAAUCUCUUUCUUCAGACCGAGCAAAGAGCUCGAGAAUACAGGAACCACAAUACAAUCCGACUUCGCGCCCGAGCAUGCCGACCUCAUCCAAGGCCAGCGUAAGAAACAGAAGCGCGCGGAGAGGAAGACGAAGCGCGGAGUUCUCAUGUUGGGCGGGUGGUCGCUGAAUGCGCUCAUGAUAUACCUGAUCUGGGUUACAGCACGGACAGUCACCAAGAUAUGGGAUCCCUAUGAGGUCCUCGGUGUUUCCAGGAAUGCGGACGAGAAGGCGAUCAAGAAGCACUAUCGUAGGCUAUCGAUCACGCUGCACCCUGACAAAGCCCGCGAGGACCUAGCGAACAACAUCACCACACAGUCAAUCAACGAUCAUUGGGUCGACGUUACCAAAGCGUACAAAGCUCUUACCGACGAGGAGAUUCGCAACAACUACAUUCAAUAUGGCCACCCCGACGGCAAGCAGAGUUUCAGCAUCGGUAUCGCUCUUCCACAGUGGUUGGUUACAGAAGGCUCUGGCAAAUAUGUACUGCUCGUCUACGCAGUCCUACUCGGUGUUAUUCUGCCAUACAUGGUCGGCAAGUGGUGGUACGGGACCCAGAAGCUGACCAAGGAAAAGGUGCUCAUUGCGAGCGCCGGCAAGGUCUUCCGUGAAUACGACAACGAGCAGGGAGAAACAGGUGUCAUUGGAGCCUUGAGCACAGGAGAGGAGUUCAACGAGGUUUUCACAGGCCACAAAGCAGAGAACGGUCUCUCUAAAUUGGAGCAGAAGGUCCUUGGCGACGAAGAAUCCGUUGUUGCACAGGUACUCACUAAGAAGGACCGUCAGAAGCUGGACGACCUGGAGGACAGCCGAAGACGCAAGGUCCUGACUCUAUUGUGGGCGUAUCUCGGCCGCGUCGAGCUCGAAGACGAAACUCUGAACGACGAAAAAUUCGAGGUCGCUCCUAUCGCCCUCCGCCUGAAUGAAGCCUACACAUCGAUAGCACUCGCGUACGGCAGCACAAAGGCCGUCAUUUCCGCAUACCACACUUCACAGAACCUUAUUCAGGCUCUGCGACCCGGUGCUUCUCCCCUGGAACAACUGCCACACGUUACUCCCGCCAUCGCGAACGCAGCCGAAGCCGAACACGCAUCGACUCAUCUGUCUAUCCAAGAAUUCAUGAAGGUGCCAGAGGGCCAGCGCAGGGCGCGUAUCGGUGGCCUUCUGUCUCAAGAGCAAUACAGCACAGCCAUGUCGGUCGCCUCUCGGAUACCCGUCCUCACCGUCGAGAAGGCAUUUUUCAAGGUUGUCGGCGAGCGUUUCGUGACCCCCAGCAGUCUGGUGCAAUUCGUUCUCAAGGGUCGCUUUAUCCCGUCUGGCGCUUCCGAUAUCCCCGACGUCAAUCCCAAGGACCUGCUCGACAUUGACCCAGAGGAAGGCGAUGUCGCCGCAAUCACCGGCCGCAAGAAUGACCGUACCGACGAGAAGCCGAUCCAGCCCCCUCUUGCCCAUGCCCCGUACUAUGCUCGCGAUCACGCGCCGAGAUACCACGUCUUCCUUGCCGACAGUAAGCAAGGCCGUAUCGCAGUCCCACCUUUCACAUUCUCUACAUUCGACAAGCCCAUUCUGGACGAGAGUGGUAACCCGACCUACAAUGUACAAACCUUGAAGAUGCAAUUUGGUGCACCACCUCAGGCUGGCAGCUACACUUUUGUCAUGCACAUGAUCUGCGAUAGCUACGUCGGCAUGGACACAAAGAUGGAAGUCACACUAGUCGUCGAGGAUGCUAGCAAGGCCGAACAGGUCGAGGAGGAGGAUGAGAUUAGCGAACCUGAUGAGGACACAAUCGCCGGCCAGAUGCGCGCCCUCAAGGGUGGAGAAGCACCGAAGAAGAAGAAGCGUGACGAUGACUCGAGCGGCAGUGAUACAGAAGGCGACGUUGAGAGCGAGAGCGAGACCGACACUGACACCGACACGGACGACGAGUAGUGUAAAUUGGGUUGGAAAAUCCUGCAAUGCCAACACAUGGCUUUUUGAAGGAGCGAAGUCGGAUGCACUUACUCGGAAUCCCAGCGAUUACUCUGCGUCUUUCCCAGAGCUGUUGAAGAGACCGACAGUGUUGCAGCUGAGUCGGCGAUUAUACCCUGGGGGACUGAGUAGACAAGGGGGUGGCAGAUGGCGAGUUUGACGAUGGCAUUUCACGGCGUUCUUAUCACGUACAUAUGUUCGUGUCGGUAGUUGCAUUGUUCUGUUACGAUUAGCCUAGGAUGAGGAUCAGAGGCGUAAAUA